AUGGCAGCCGCCGCGGCAUCUGCAGCUGCGCUCGAUCCGGGCAACAGCAGCAAGAACACUUUGAAGCUCGAAAAUACCCAACGGAGAGACGCCCUCAUUGAACUCGAGAAGAAGUACCAGGCACAAUGGAAGAACGAUAAGGUCUUCGAGGUCAACGCCCCCUCCCUCUCUGAGGUCCCCGCGGGCUCGAUGACCGCGGCCGAGCUCCGUGAGAAGUACCCCAAGUUCUUCGGAACCAUGGCCUACCCCUACAUGAACGGUACGCUGCACGCCGGCCACAGUUUCACUGCCAGUAAGGUCGAGUUCAUGACCGGUUUUGCCCGUAUGGAGGGCAAGCGGGCCCUCUUUCCCCUCGGUUUCCACUGCACCGGUAUGCCCAUCAAGGCCUGUGCGGAUAAGCUGCGCGACGAGGUCCAGAAGUUUGGACAGAAUUUCGAGGGCUAUAAGGAGGAGAGUGAGCAGGUGGAGGAGACUGCUGCCCCCACGCAGGAGGUUAAGGCUGAGCAGGAGAAGUUCUCCGGGAAGAAGAGCAAGGCCGCCGCCAAGACUGUGAAGAUGAAAUACCAGUUCCAGAUUAUGUUGGCAAUCGGUCUUCCGAUUGAGGAAAUCCACAAGUUCGCUGAUGCGGACCACUGGCUUCAGCACUUCCCCCCGCUGGCUAUUCGGGAUCUUGACAGUUUGGGUGCGCGCAUUGACUGGCGGAGACAAUUCGUCACUACUGACGCGAACCCUUAUUACGACGCUUUUGUGCGCUGGCAGAUGAAUCGCCUUCACGAGCUGGGCAAGAUUAUGUACGGUAGCCGUUACACCAUUUACUCUCCCAAAGACGGCCAGCCCUGCAUGGACCACGACCGGACUGAGGGUGAGGGUAUCGGCCCUCAGGAAUAUACUGCCAUGAAGCUGCGGGUUAAGGAGUGGGCACCGGAAGUUGCUGAGCUUGUCAAGGGCAAGAUCGAGGACGACGCCAAGGUUUACUUCGUCCCCGCUACCCUGCGCCCUGAGACCAUGUACGGUCAGACUUGCUGCUUUGUCGGCCCUAAGAUCAACUACGGUCUGUACAAGGUCAGCGAGAAGGAAUACUUCGUUGUGACCAAGCGGGCUGCCUGGAACAUGGCUUUCCAGGGUCACUUCGUCGACAGUGAGAACUUCCUCAAGUCUCAGGACCAGCUGCCGCUCGUUGUCGAAGCUCCUGGAUCUGCCUUCGUUGGUACCCUGGUUAACGCCCCUCUUUCGCUCCAUACUGAGGGUGUGCGCAUCCUCCCCAUGGAUAGUGUCUCCGCUUCCAAGGGUACUGGUGUUGUCACUUCGGUUCCCUCGGACAGCCCUGACGACUAUGCUACCCUGAUGGACCUAGCCAAGAAGCCCGAAUUCUACGGAAUCAAGAAGGAGUGGGCGGAGCUCGAGAUCCACCCUCUUAUUGAUACCCCCAACUACGGUAACCUGACUGCUCCUACUCUGGUGAAGCAGCUCAAGAUCAACUCGCCCAAGGAUGUCAACCAGCUCGCCAAGGCCAAGGAGCUGGCUUACGGUGAGGCAUUUUACAAGGGUACCAUGCUGGUCGGUGAGUACAAGGGCGAGCCUGUCAGCAGCGUCAAGGACAAGAUCCGCCAGUCCCUCUACAAGAGCGGUGAUGCUAUCCCCUUCGCCGACCCUAUGGGCAAGGUCACCAGCCGCAGUGGUGACGACUGUGUCGUUGCCUACCUCGGCCAAUGGUUCCUGAACUACGGCGAGAAUGAUGCUCAGUGGCAGCAAGACACUCUUAACCACGUUGUCAACACUCUCAACACCUACUCUAACGAGACCAAGAACGGUUUUGAAAAGAACCUUUCUUGGCUCAACCGCUGGGCAUGUGCCAGAACCUACGGUCUGGGCUCCAAGCUCCCCUGGGACCCUCAGUUCCUUGUUGAGAGUUUGAGUGACAGUACUGUCUACAUGGCAUACUACACCAUCGCACACUUGCUGCACGGUGACCGCUACGGAUCUCAGCCUGGUCUCUUGGACCUGAAGCCCGAGCAGAUGACUGACGAGGUCUGGGACUACAUCUUCACCAGACGCGAGCUCAACGACGAGCUCGUCUCCAAGAGUGGAAUCAGCAACGAGUCUCUGCAGGCCAUGCGUAGAGAAUUCGAAUACUUCUACCCUCUUGACGUCAGAAUCUCGGGCAAGGACCUGAUUCAGAACCACUUGACCUUCUUCCUCUACAUCCACCUUGCCCUUUUCCCCUCGGAGUACUGGCCACGUGGUGUCCGUGCCAACGGCCACUUGCUCCUGAACGGCGACAAGAUGAGUAAGAGUACCGGCAAUUUCCUUACCUUGCGGGAUGCUGUUGACAAGUUCGGUGCUGAUGCUACUCGUAUUGCAUUCGCUGAUGCUGGUGACGGUAUCGAAGAUGCUAACUUCGAGGAGACUGUUGCCAACAGCAACAUCCUGAGAUUAUACACUCUCAAGGACUGGAUUGAGGAGACUGCUAAAGACCAGUCCUUGCGUACUGGUCCUGCUGACACCUUCUUCGACAAGGUGUUUGACAACGAGCUUAACAGCCUUGUCCGUGAGACCAGACAGCACUACUCUGACACCAACUUCAAGCUCGCCCUGAAGAGCGGUCUUUAUGACCUGACUCACGCCCGUGACACCUACCGUGAAGCAGCCACCAAUGCCGGUAUCGGAUUGCACCGUGAUAUGGUCUUCCGCUACUUCGAGCUCCAGGCUCUCCUGCUCUCCCCUAUCGCCCCCCACUGGGCCGAACACAUCUGGCUCGGGAUCCUCAAGAAGCCUGAAUCCAUACAUUUCGCCCGCUUCCCUGAAGCCCCCGAGCCCUCUCCCGAGCUCACAGCUGCCACCAAUUAUGUCCGCAGCACCUCCUCGAAUAUCACUUCCUCGGAGGCCACUCUUGCCAAGAAGCUCUCCAAGGGCAAGGGCUCGAGCUUCGACCCCCGCAAGCCUAAAAAGAUCACCAUUUUCGCCGCGAAGAAGUACCCCGACUGGCAGGAGAAGUACAUCGACCUUGUUCGUGAAGCCUUCGACGCCGUCAGCAUCUCGAUCAACGACAAGGAACUCAACGCUAAGGUCGGCAAGCUAGGCGAGAUGAAGAAGGCCAUGCCAUUCGUGCAGACGCUCAAGAAGCGUCUGGUCACGAGCCGCGAGCAGCCUGAUGCCGUCUUUGAGCGGAAGCUGCCGUUUGACGAGUUCGCUGUUCUGACUGAGAUGAUUGGCAACUUGCAGCGAAUUACUGGUGCCAAGGAGAUUGAGAUUGUCGCUGUUGAUGAGGGUGGUAAGAGUGGCGAGGUUGUUGGUACUGGUGAGAAGAGGGAGGGGAUUUCAGCUGAGAACGCGGUGCCUGGGCAGCCGACCUUCCAGUUUGUUAAUAUUGCCGAAUGA